CUCAGGCAGCCCAAGGCCGCGCACCCCCGUCGGGCGACGGGGCCCGGCUGCCGGGAGAGGCCACAGCCGCCCGCGGCCGGGGGCUGCGCGGGGGUCGGCGGCCACCGCCCCCGGGCGGGUUCCCGCCCCGCGGGGUGGGCCGGGCGGCCCCUGCCGCCGCCGAUAGGCCGCGCCGCAUGGCCUGAGCGGCGCCGCCGGCCUAGCGCCCUCCCUCCUGCCGCGCCGCGCUCAUCCGCGCCGGCGGGCGGGCGGAGGCGCAGGGCGGUCCCGGCGGGGCAGCAGGUCUCCGCGGAGGGCGGGCUGUCCCGCCGCCGGGCGGCUCCGCUGGGCCGCACUCACCCGAAGGGGGAGGCGCGAGGGGGUACGGGACACACCCGGGCGCCCAGCCCGGCAGCGCCGUGCGGAGGGGCCGGCUGCGCUCGUUCAGCCGCUCGGGGCUGGACAACGCCUCCGGCCCGCGGCUGCCUCCCCGCCGCUGACAGGACCGCGGCCGGCCCCGUUCUCGCCCUGUCAGCCGGGCGGUCGCCCCCGCCCCUGUCACGCGGUCCGGUGCCGGCCCCGGCGCCCCGCGGAGGCGGCACAUAAGGCUCGGCGGGGCCCGCUCGUUGCCGCUUCAGCGUUGGGUCUAGCUUCGUCGCGGCAGAGCCGGGGCCUCUCGCCUCCUUCCCGCAGGGUCAGGAUGCGGGGCCUGGUGGUCGCCGCUUUGCUGCUGCAGAGCAUCUCCGCUUCGGGCGCGUUGGCCAGAGGGAGGAGAAAUGUGGACCCCGAAACGAACAUGAACAUCAGUCAAAUUAUUAUCUUCAGGGGAUACCCUAGCGAGGAGUACGAAGUGACAACAGAAGAUGGGUAUAUCCUUUCUGUUAACAGAAUCCCUUAUGGAAGAAAAGGCCGUGAGAGAAGCAAAGGUCCAAGGCCUGCUGUAUUUCUGCAGCAUGGUUUGCUUGCAGAUGCUAGCAAUUGGAUCACAAAUUUGGAUUACAACAGCCUCGGCUUUAUGCUGGCAGAUGCUGGCUAUGAUGUAUGGCUGGGAAACAGCAGAGGGAACACCUGGUCCAGGAAACAUACACACUUCACAGUGAAGCAAGAAGAAUUCUGGGUUUUCAGCUUUGAUGAAAUGGCUAAGUAUGACAUUCCAGCCUCAGUGGACUUUAUUUUGAAGAAGACUGGCCAGAAACAAGUGUUUUACAUUGGCCAUUCACAGGGCACCACAAUGGCUUUCAUUGCUUUUUCAACUUUGCCACAGCUGGCUAAGAAAAUCAAAAUGUUCUUUGCCUUGGCACCAGUAGCUACAGUCAAGUUUGCCACUAGCCCUCUGGCAAAAUUGGGAGUGUUUCCUGACCUGCUACUCAAGGACAUGUUUGGAAAGAAACAAUUCCUCCCUCAGAAUUCUUUGCUGAAGUGGCUUGCUACUCAUGUUUGCACCCACAGAAUACUUGAUGACCUUUGCGGCAACAUAUUCUUUCUUCUGUGUGGUUUUAAUGAGAGAAACUUGAAUAUGAGCCGAGUGGAUGUGUAUUCAACACACUGCCCUGCAGGGACAUCUGUACAAAACAUGAUCCACUGGAGCCAGGCUGUGAAGACUGGGGAACUCAAAGCUUAUGACUGGGGAAGCAAGGCUGCAAAUAUGGCUCACUACAACCAGUCUACUCCCCCUUUCUACAAAAUAAAAGAGAUGACUGUACCUACAGCGGUGUGGACUGGUGGACAGGACUGGCUGGCAGACCCAAAGGAUGUUGCUAUGCUGCUCACUCAGAUCACAAACUUGGUUUACCACAAAAACAUUCCAGAAUGGGAACAUUUGGAUUUCAUCUGGGGCCUUGAUGCACCUUACCGCAUGUAUAAUGAAAUAAUUAACAUGAUUAGGAAGUAUCUCUAAACCAACAUGGUAUUUCAGAGUAUUAGUUCACCAGGAAUUCAUCUUUUUGGAACAUAUGCUUUUCUGGCAAUAAUGCUACAUUUUUUAUUUAUGAUGCAUUUUUAAAAUGCCAGCAAUGACUACUGAAUUGGAUUCAUAUAUGGCUGUUUUUCUCAAUAUUAUUUCUCUCUCCUGCAGAAAUCCUCAUUGUAUCCUGCUGAUUUUGCACACAGUGGCAUGGUACUCAAAAAACCAGCAGUGUGACUGUGCACAAAAGGAGUAUGUCAUGUAAACUUAAUGAUGUGUCUGAAAGACAAGUUAGUCCAUUCAGCAUCUCAGAUGCUUGACAAUUAAACCAAUAAGUAUUUCACUGUACAUAAACCACUGCCAUUUCUUAGUAUGUUGCCAUUUAUGAGUACCUUUCAGAAGUACUCCUUGUACUGCAGUGACCCAUUUGGUGCUGGUACUUUAAAAAGCACUUAGUGACUUUUUGCUGUGUUAUUGUUUUGGCCAUUGCAUUACAAGCUAGCUACAUCAGAUGACCUUGUUUUCCAAUAUUGCCCAGGAGAAUUGUCAUGAAGCCAGAGAAGAACACCACUGUCAGUUGAAAUCCCCUAUUUUGGGACUGAUUGCUGCAUUUUUCUUGAGUUAAUGGUGUCCCUGAAGCCUUUCAUGUUUCACAUACCAGUUAUGGAUAAGGAUUGUUAUUUGCCCUUGCAGAUUCCUGGAACAAGAGAAGCAGUUAAAAGAAAUACCACUUUCAGUUAGCUUUGUCAAUAGGCUAUAGUUUUCAAGGAGAAUGAUGUAACAUACUUGUGUUUUGUUUUCUUUGCACUGACCAGCAGAAAACAAGCUCCCCCAGCAUACUACUGGCAAGGGAAGAGCCAAAGCAUUAAAUCUGUAGCUUGAGUGAUGUAAUUUGCAUGGACUUUUCCCCUUAAUCAUCUGCUGCUUUGAAGAUCUGUUUACUUCUUCACUGCUUAUAAGGUGCUUGCCACCAUUGUGUUCAGGAACCCUACAACACCCUGGUGAAGCCUGGCAGUAUUAAUGGCUGUUUCCAUUUGUCUCAGUUUCCACUUCAACGUGGGGCUAAGCCUCCAUUUAAUGGGGGGAGAGGAUUCAUGUCUGCUGCAGGGGUCUGACUUUGGAGCUGUAAUUGUCUGUGGUAUAGGUGCCUUGCUCUUUCCAUUGACUAUGCAGAGGACUUUGGCUCCUCUGAAUUGCACAAAAGUUCCAUGCCAAAUGUAGAGGUAUGAACAAUCUCCAGAGUCAGUUGCCUCAGUCCAGAUGAUAAUUCCUGUGCCAUGGUUGGAUUCAAUCCAGAUUUCUGUCAGUAAUCGCAAUGGGAUUAAAAAGCCUUUUCUACAUGGCAUAGAAGAUAGGGCUUUUUAAACUGAGGCAAACUUUUUUUUUGUAAAAAAAAAAAAAAAAAUUGCAGAAAGAUGCAUAAGCCAUAAAUUAGAGUGAGUUUGUUUUGUGGUUUUUUUUUUUUUCCUAAUUCAGACUCAGGGAAUCCUCAGGCAUUGUUUAAGGAAAAAGUGGUUCAUGAUAUUUCAGUUGCGAUUCCUAGUUGCUUUAUAUUUGUAGCAGCCACAUUUGCUUCACCUUGCUGUGCUGAAAGGAAAUUUCUGUAGGAAUCCAAAGUGACUGACUUAGCAGUUGUGAGGGUGUGUGAUACCGCAAGAGCCACAUGCAUCACGUUUAUUAAGCUUGAGAUAUUUCAAUAAACAUGAGAUCUGCUUGGAUUUCA